UAUACUUUAUAAACUCUGGUGUCUGUUCCUCACAGCUGCACAGAGGCGUCUCUGCUUUGGCGGCAGACCUGAACUCUGGAGACUCUUCACAUUGAAUCUUUGAUUUUCUUAACUUUCUUUGAUGCAAGGAGUUUAAGAUAUGAAGCCGGACCGAUGACUGACUUCACUCCAGACUAAAGUCCUCAAACUCCAGAGAACAUUACGAGACAGCCUGUAGGGGGCUCUGCUCACCUUGAGAGGACUGAACUUUGACCUCAUGUGUUUGUGUCUCUUCAGCUCUGUGUCCUCUCACAGGAAGAAGAUGAUGUACAGGAUCCUGCUGCUCCUCAUGAUGACCUGCUGUGACUGUGCAGGAACAUUUAAAGUGAAAGUGACUCAGAGCUUCUAUCAGGCAGAGGAGAACCAGGACGUCACUCUGGAGUGGACCUUCACACCCCAAGAUGACCCCUCACUUCACUCUCUUUUCAUCUACUGUUUGAUGUACACUGAUUUUGAAGUCUCCAGACUGUUUCGUCUUAAUAGAGGAGUCGAGGUCUCAGAGUCUCAGGAUGAACAGUUUGCAGGACGAGUCCACUGGGACAAAGACGUCCUCAAAGAAGGACGACUCAGACUUCACGUGUCCUCGUUGAGGACUGAAGACUCGGGGAUAUACGAGUGUAAAGUGAUGACAGAGUUUGGCGUGGACUCGACUCAGACCUGGCUCGAUGUGAUCGCAUCGACGCUCCGGCACAAAUCUGAGACUGGACCAGAGACUGGACCAGAGACUGAACCAGAGAAUGAACCAGAGACUGGACCAGAGACUGGACCAGAGAGGUUUAACACAAAGAGUUGGGGAUGGAUGGUUCUCUCCUUUGCACUGUCGGUGUCAGCUGUGCGCUAUGUUUUGUCCCGAACACGUCGUUGCUUUGCGCCCGUCCAGUGGGUUAGGGGCUUCUUUAAACGUAUUUAAUAUCCCGAUUGUUAAUCAACUUAAAUACCUAGGAGACAACAUUUUUUUCAAAUUUAGAAAUGACUGUCAAUACAAAUUACAGUUUUCAAGAAGAUUUAAACAGACGUAGAGAAAUGGACAUCACAACAUAUAUCCUUUGAUGCCAGAAUCUCAAUAAUAAAAAUGAUGGUAUCACCUCAAA